UCUAACUGUUUCAAUUUGCACUGUUGUGUGCGAAAAUAAGAAUACUGAAAAACUGAAAAAGUGCAGAAGCAUUCAACACUGGCAACGUACUCGUGUACCGUACUCAGAGACUCGACUCAAGACCCUGUCUUGCAGGAAAGCAAGAAGGGAGCAGUGUUUGCCGCGUAAUAAAACAUCUCCAUGACUGAAACAACCCAGUAACAACUAUUUCUCCUAAAAAUAACUCAAAUUAUAUAAUAUAAAGUAACUUGUCGCGAGAGCUCUUAUUAAAAAAUAUCUCCAAAGUGAGAUGUGGCCUAAAUUCAAAUUCAAACUUGAAUGGUCUACCCAAUUCCUCAUACAUGUUGUAUGAGAAUAAGGUUACUGAUCCUGCGCGUGGAGCUGUCAGCAGCCUGCCUAUAGUGUCUCAGCCAGCUGGUACAACAGAAAACAGAAGGUGGCUUCACUUAGGUUAUGGCUGUUGAUCUUGACUCGUCCCAACCCACUCAAACAGAUAUUUUGAAGGCAGCUGUAAAUAUUUUCCAUUGUUCCGUUUUCUGUCAUGGGCCAUAUUUUAUCAGCCCCAAGUGGCCGAUCUGCAGACCCGUGGAAGUGGACUGCAUUUGGCCUGAAAGUGAACUCGGGAAUUAUGGAGGAAAGUGUAUCUACAUCUGUGAUACUGCUGCAUUUGAAAGGCUACAAACAGCACUUAAAAGAGUGGUUAUCUAUGGCAGAGGACUGGCCUGGCCACAUGUGAACCUUUCUAGUAAAUGUCCUGCAGUUGAAUGGCUUAUGUUUCACAAUGACAGUGUUGUAUCACCUCUACAAUCCACAGUUCCAUUGCCCAAAAUAUGGUUUGUGAUAUCCCAGGAUUUUCAAGGUAUUGUGGAUUAUGUGGCAUCCGUACAUAGCCUUGUCCCGUCAAGAUCAGCUGUCACCAUCAGAUGUCGAUUUGGAGUUGCAAUGACUAAUGAUGAUAACUCUCUGCAUGCCACACAAGCAAACGCAUCAUUGACCUCAAUUGUAAUGCAUCCGGGUGAUAUUAUCACGUCAUUAAUUCCAUCUUAUUAUCCUGGGAAUUGUGCAAAAUAUCCCUUUUUUCCAAAUUCUUCCUCCAUCUACACCAUGUGCGUUGCUGACAGGUACAGUGUUAAAAACUGUAUCAACAAUAUUAUCCCACCAUUAAUUGAUACGCAGAUGAAGAAUCACAUCUCAUUUUAUGAAGUCCCUCAGUUUUUGAAAUCUAUGAUUGAUGAUGUGCUCCGAGUUAAAAAUACCAAUACUGAAGGCAUUGUUCCCCUAUGUGAUGAUAUUAUCAUCAAAGACGAACCACUCAUCAAUGAGAUGAAACUCUCUGAAAAGGAUGCUAUGAGUGUUUCAAGGAAAUCAAGUUUGUCUCUUUGUAUGGCCCAUAAUUAUGCAUCUCAAAAACUCCCAAAAAAAGGCUCUACAUUAUCAAGUAACAAUAACUUUGGAAGGCUUUUGCAGUGUCCAAAAUGCCCAGCAGCAUUUAAAUUUGGACCCAGUGGCAGAGGCUUACAUCUACUAAAGAGCCAUGUACUUGAUCGCCACAAAAAAUUCAAAGACCAUUGUUUAUUAGUCAUUCAAAGAAAGUAUGAAGCCAUGCCAGAAACCUCCCUUGCUGGCAACAGAAACGUUCAGCCUUAGCUUCUAUGACUGAGAUGCUUUUUGGCGUACACCUACCUUGUUUACUUAUUUAUUAUACUGCCAACAACUCAUUGUUGCACAAAUCUUCUUGAGUACUUUACUUUGCUCUUAGUUAAGGGGAGGUUCUGGUGAAAAUGCUACUUUCUACUAAAUAGGUCCCACUGUGAAAAUUUGUUAAAAAUUUGAUGUCUUAUCAAGUAUUUAUUAAAAU